CCUUUUCCUUAACUGUUAUUUCAACUUGUGCUGCUGACCAGAAAAUAUUUGACAUGUAAUUUGAAUGUUCCAGGCAUUACAGGCUUUCCAUUACAAGCAUACAUUUUCAUGGGACCAAUCUACUAUCAGAAGUUGAAACAUAUGGUAAUUGAUAAAAUGCAUGCUCGCGCCACAGGGCCUCGUGUGAUGCUGACUAGACAACCUACUGAAGGAAGAAGCCGAGAUGGAGGACUGCGUCUAGGAGAAAUGGAACGUGACUGUUUGAUAGCAUAUGGUGCGAGUAUGUUGAUAUUUGAACGUUUGAUGUUGUCCAGUGACCCAUACCAAGUUCAGGUCUGCAGCCAGUGUGGUCUCUUAGGGUACUAUAACUACAAGUUGAAGACGGCAUUUUGUUCAAUGUGUAAAAAUGGCAAAAAUAUAUCCACCAUCAGACUUCCAUACGCCUGCAAGCUUCUAUUCCAGGAGUUGCAGGCCAUGAACGUCGUUCCACGUUUGAAAUUAGUUGAAGCAUGAGUACAAGUGGAUGUUCUGCUUAAAGCAUAUCAUUGAGGAGGAAAGAGGGUGCCUGCGAGAAUAGAAGAAUGAUAGUUUUGUAAAAAGAUUAAAAUGUUUGACCUUGAACUGUUUUAUUUUGGACCUUAUUCAUGUAAUUAUAAUCAGAAACCAUUAGAAAAACAAAUUUCUUUCAGAAGAGAAGGGCAAAGCUGAAUCUUGUUUUAUACUCCAAA